GCACAGACAAGUGCGCUGCACCAUUGGCACCGGCUGGGGGCGAGCCGACCUCAAGCAGUCGCGGCCGCCGCCGCCGUCGUUGCUACUGCCGCAGCGGAGUUCAGCGGGCCCGGACGUGGGAGACUUCCCACACGGUGACUGAGAUGUCGUCCACUGCGGCUUUUUAUCUUCUCUCUACGCUAGGAGGGUACUUGGUGACCUCAUUCUUGUUGCUUAAAUACCCGACCUUGCUGCACCAGAGAAAGAAGCAGCGAUUCCUCGGUAAACACAUCUCUCACCGCGGAGGUGCUGGAGAAAAUUUGGAGAAUACAAUGGCAGCCUUUCAGCAUGCGGUUAAAAUCGGAACUGAUAUGCUAGAAUUGGACUGCCAUAUCACAAAAGAUGAAGAAGUUGUAGUGUCACAUGAUGAGAAUCUAAAGAGAGCAACUGGCGUCAAUGUAAACAUCUCUGAUCUCAAAUACUGUGAGCUCCCACCUUACCUUGGCAAACUGGAUGUUUCAUUUCAAAGAGCAUGCCAAUGUGAAGGAAAAGAUAACCGAAUUCCAUUACUGAAGGAAGUUUUUGAGGCCUUUCCUAACACUCCCAUUAACAUCGAUAUCAAAGUCAACAACAAUGUGCUGAUUAAGAAGGUUUCAGAGUUGGUGAAGCAGUAUAAUCGUGAACACAUAACAGUGUGGGGUAAUGCCAAUUAUGAAAUUGUAGAAAAGUGCUACAAAGAGAAUUCAGAUAUUCCCAUACUGUUCAGUCUACAACGUGUCCUGCUCAUUCUUGGCCUUUUCUUCACUGGCCUCUUGCCCUUUGUGCCCAUUCGAGAACAGUUUUUUGAAAUCCCAAUGCCUUCUAUUAUACUGAAGCUAAAAGAACCACACACCAUGUCCAGAAGUCAAAAGUUUCUCAUCUGGCUUUCUGAUCUUUUACUAAUGAGGAAAGCUUUGUGUGAGACACCACACCUAGCCACUAAAAGAAAUUUUGAAGGCCACUGCAGCUAUUUGGUAGUGUCUUGUUAUUUUUAGGUACAUCUUAGUUAAAGGGGAAAUAUAAAAUGGAAGAAGAGCUUGGAAAUCAGUGAUGUGUAGUUAUCUGGCAAGUUAUACAUAAUUAGCAGCAGUCAGGCUCAAGAAAAUAAAAGUUGAUUAGUUGAUCAGAAAUAAAAUCCUGAAGAGUGAAUUAGAUUUCUGAGUUGCUAUUGUUAAUGGGAACAUUCUAUUUGAGACCUUUUUCAAGUGUGUAACAAUUCUACCGUGUCCCUUUUUUUAAGCAUUAAAAGUGAACUUAUCAAUUGUAAAUUAAGACAAGAUCCAAAUAGUCAUAUUUUUGUGUUUCCUCAAAAAAAAAUAUAAGAUUUCCAAUUUUGGCAUUAACUAACUGAGCCUACAUCUAGAUUUUAAAUACCAUCUUGAAUCCUAAUAAUUACAGCAAACUGAUGAAAGUGCAUAUCAUUGUUCCUAACACUUAAAAAACCCCCAUAAAGAUAUUCCUGAUCCUUAAAAUUCAUUUGAGUAUUCAGUAGAAACAGAAUUUUCCAAAGCAUUAGACAUGACUUUCUCAGCUUAUCUGAGGUGACUUCACAUAAAUCUGUUUUUAAUAUAUUUGACUAAUUUUUAUGAUCUCAGAUUGUGAGGUGAAUAUAAUCAGGAAUAAUAAGUGUCUUUUACCUAGAUUACAUCUCUUGUUUGGAGUUCAGCAAUGAAACAGCUAUGAAGGAUGACUGUACUCUCCCUCUGUCCCUGGAUGACAUAAAUAUCAUUUGCUUUGUUGUUUAAACUGAAAUAAAGUUUUCCAAGAACAAA